ACCAUCGUUACCAUCACCCCCACCGCUAUUCAUCACCAGCAUCCAUCACCCCUCCACCACCAGCAACACCAGGAUAAAUUAUGAUCAUUUGAUGAUUUUGGGUCAUGUAUUUACAUAAAUUAUGUGAGAUGAAUAUUAUCAGUAUACAAAAUCUGGAUAAUGAUAUUACCAGUGAAUCAAAUCAGUAUACAAAAUUUAUUUGGAUGGAUCAAACUAAAAUUAUGUUCCGCACACAAAAAAGGGUUCCAAUCAUCUCCAUUGUCAAAGAAUACGAAUGUGAUUCGGUUCUUUAUCAAUUUCAGGAAGAAGUUGGGCGAGUUAUUGGUCGCUUUUUGACAUAUGGAAAUGAAUACCACUGCAGGCUAUAUGGAAAUUGUGCCCUCAACACUGAGCUCCUACGUAGACAACUUUUGAAGAUGAGAAUGAGCUUGAAAAUAACGGACAAGCGGACGUGCCUGAUGAGAAUCGCCAAGAGGACACAACUAUGCAGGGAGCAUUAUGAAAUAGUACGGGGCUAGUCGAUGUCCGCAGCUAAGAGAAACAGCUACAGAAGAUGUCCAAAGGUGAUGUGCAGUCUUAAAGGAGGACAAAUUUGCAGCCAAUUAAGCCACUAAUGGGGAAACUUCAGAGGAAAUGUUAACUGAGAGGAAGAAAAAGGAGAAGCGCAAGUCACAAGAAGACGAGGAUGAAUCAGAGCAGGACGAAGGUAUUGAAACUGCCCUUGAAGCAAAGAAUAGAACACAAAUCUUUUUAGUAUUCUGUUUUAUAAAGAAAGAUUGCUGGAAAAAUCUGAUGAGCACUUGAAUAGAACACAAAUAGAAAAUAAAUGUGUAAGUGAAUGAUGAAGAAUUGUUGUACGGAUAUAUAUAGAGAGUGUGUUGAUUGAAUAGUCGCAAUCACUCGCCAAACAUUACAAUUUUUGGGUGGUCACACCCCUUACUGGAGAGUCGUGUGACUCCUCCAAAGAGAUACCAGUCAGUUGAAAA